AACUAGCUCAGUAAGGAACUAUAAAUCUCUAUCGACAAUCAAAAUACUACGGACAUAUUAAGCUCUUCCAUUUGUUUAUAACAAAAAAGAGUUUCAUUAUUUGAUUUAAUAACAGAGUAAUAUCAUAUUUUGGUGCUAACAAUGGCAUCGAUUAAACAAUAUAUCGUUCUCUUGCUCGCCGUUGUAUCAUUUAUUUAUACCUUGUACGUGGUAACUCAUUUAGUACAAUUUUUGUCAGCGCCUCGAAAAACUUCAAAAAUUUAUACAUGGGUCUUCAAUUUACUGGAUAACAAGUCACGUCUGGAGACGGCGUAUGGGCCGAUGGUUUUCAACACCCUGUAUCUGAUACUUUUCAUAUUCCAGCAUAGCUUUAUGAAAUCAUCUUGGGCGAAGAAAGUAUUUCAAUCGAUUGGAUUAGCAUCGGCUGAGCGGGCUAUUUAUAGUUUGACAUCAUCGUUUUGUUUACAUUAUUUAAUGAAAAAUUGGAUAACAGCAUCAUCUAUAAUUUUGUGGCAAGUAGAUGUCGAUGCAUACAAAUGGUUAUGGUGGUCAUUUGUUUUGUUACACGCAUUUGCGUGGAUGAUUAUUUGUGGUGGCAGUAUGAUAAUGGAUUUGCCAGAAAUUAUUGGAAUUAAGCAGGCCUACUACGAUAUGAAGUCUUAUGCCCAACCCUUGGCAUACAAAUCGUUCGAGCUGAGACAUCUGUUUUCACAUGUCCGGCAUCCAUCCUUUGUUGGUUUGACAGUGAUCUUGUGGGCCACAAAUCUUAUGACCUUAGAUCGUUUGCUUUUGGCGGUAAUGUUAACUGCAUACAUGUACUUCGCUUGGUCCACCGAUCACAGUGAUCUGAUUUAUCAAAAAUGUCAGUUGCAGCGCAAAAAAGAAGAGCUGAAAUCUCAUUAAUGGUUUAUUACAUAUCAUAACACAUUUAACAUAUUUUAAGAGAAACAUUAUCCCCUCCAUUUGAAUCACUGAAUAUUUUAACGUCUAAUUUUUGUUAGAUCACCACUACAUCGCUUAUUAUAACGUAAAAUAAUACUUAAAACUUUUGAUAUAUAAAUAAAUAAAUAAA